AUGGAGGUAGAAUGGGCAGCGCGCAUUUUAUCACAACUUUUGAUUAAGGAGAAGUGCCUGAAAGAAAAGUACGUUUUCAAUUUGCUAAAGAAAUUUGGAGAUGUGAAUCAUAUUAUUCAGCAUGCGAAUGAGCAGCUGGGGUCGCUCGGGUUUAUCAUAAAUAACGAACUGAUAAACGGAGAAGAAUACUUCAUCAUCGGGUGUGAAAAAUGGACAAUUCCUAAGAAGAGCGGCCAAGCGGACAUGUCCACCGAAUCUGGUGCUCUUAACGUUAAAGAUGAUCAUCUGUUCAAUUCUCUAUUUAAGACUAACGAAAUAAGUUUGUAUUAUUUAAUUAUUGAUUACAUAGUUAGUAAUAAUCGGUACCUAAGUAUGAACGGAAGGGGCGUAACUUAUGAGUCCUUGUGUCUUGAGUUAAACAUAAAAAAUUCCAACGUGCAGAAGUCUAUACUUAACAAACUUCUGGUUCACAAGUGGCUACGAAUGGAACAAGGAGAAUUAGCACUGGGGCUUCGUUUUUUUACGGAUCUGAUAAAGUACUUCCCUCUUACCAAUUUGGACAAGUGUUCCCUCUGCAACAACGCAGUGAUUGUGGAAAGCAGGCAAUGCACGAACUGUCUAUCUAUUUAUCACAUUCAUUGUUUCAAUGCCCUUGCGAACAAGUUGGCUCUCUGCUUCAUUUGCAAGAAUUCCCUCUAA